CUUUAUAAAACCGCCUUCACCCCAGAAACGAAAACACUCCUGAACGGACCGAGUUGCGCUCACGCCGGCCUGGAUCAGAAGAGCCGCCGCGUACCGUCCCUUUAGCGGAGCAGUGCUGGUGACGUCGCCACAUAAAGGAAGGCGCUGCGUGACGCUGCAGCCGCAUCUGGAUCCAGACCGCGACGCAUCUGCGCAGCUCACAUCGACCAGAGGCUGAAAACGUCGCAUCGGUGUGCGCCAAAAUGCCGCUUUCCGUGAACGGCAUCCUUUGCGCGCUGGCGCUGCUGGCGCUGUGGCGGCCGGAGCAGCUGACGGAGGCGUGCAGCUGCGCUCCCGUGCAUCCGCAACAGGCGUUCUGCAACGCGGACGUGGUGAUUCGAGCAAAAGUGGUGGGAGAGAGAGAGGUGGAUUCUGGGAAUGAUGUCUACGGGAACCCCAUAAAGAGGAUCCAGUAUGAGAUCAAACAGAUCAAGAUGUUCAAGGGCCCAACCCAGGACAUCGAGGCCGUCUUCACUGCCCCGGUCUCAGCCGUCUGUGGCGUCACCCUGGAUACCAGCGGCAAGAAGGAGUAUUUGAUCUCAGGCAAAGCUGAGGGUGGUGGGCAGAUGCAUGUGACCCUGUGUGACUACAUCAUGUCCUGGGACUCUCUGAGCACCACCCAGAAGAAGAGCCUCACCCAGCGCUACCAGAUGGGCUGUGACUGCAAGAUCGUGCGCUGUCCUUCUCUGCCCUGCGAGAUCUCUGCCCCAGAGGAGUGUCUGUGGACGGACCUGAUGAUCGAGAAGCAGGUGCACGGACGUCAGGCCAACCACUACGCCUGCGUCAAGCGGUCGGACGGCUCCUGCUCCUGGUACCGCGGCGUUGCGCCUCCCAAGAAGGACUUCCUGGAUGCAGAGGACCCUUAGUGACGUAGCACACCUGGCUGCCCGCUGAACAGCCUGAUGGAAAAUAAGUGUAAAUGAUUAAAUUGAAAUUAAUUAUAACAACAUCAGGCAAGGAGGUAAAAAAAGGUAUUAUGACUGAAAUCUGAACUAUCAGCUCAUCUGAAAACAAUCUUUAGCCUCUUUGUCAGUCUGCGCAAGAGCCCUUCUUUCAAGCUUAACGUUGACCAACUCUGAAGAGGCUCAGAGGUUGUUUUCAGACACAGCGUCUCUGUAAAAAUAAAUCAAGUAGCAUCAUGAGACAUAGACUGGUCAAGUGAUGAUGUAACUUCCUCCUGAGGCUGGCGUCAGGAGGAAGUAAACCCUUGAGACAGAGCACUUCCUGCCCCGCUAGCUCUUUAAGAGCUUAGUUCCCUGAUCUGAGGACAGUCAUUCCACACACUUCUGCUUUUAUUACCUCAUUCUCCAUUUUAUUUCAAAGUCAAACUCCAAGUUGCCUUUUUUUAAAUGAUUGUCGCCUCGUUUAAUUAACACUUCUCUUAUCUCUGCCCAAGACAUGCUCUGCUGUUUCUUUAAAGGAAGACAUGAUUCAUCGCGCACGGCUGAACUUUCCCAGUUUUCGUUUUCUCAUAGUGAUGCUCACCAACAGCCUGUGACGUCACAGGCCUCACUGGACCAGUCUAUGCUGUGUGAAGACGAGUGCUCUAAAUUUAAAUCUGCUGGCGAGGUGAAACAGCGCCUCUUCACUGCCCUACAGUCCCAUCAGAAAUAACCCUGACUGCUCACAUCACCCUCCAUCUCAUCUGCCCCAGUAUGUAGCUGUAGGAAACCUAUGCAUAUACCUUUAUUGUUAUUUACCGCAUUAGAACUAGAUUUGCACUUUGUGAGGAUGAGCGAUGUGAGAGUUAGCGUUUGCCCAGACCGACAGAUCCGCCUCAGGUGCAGAUAUUUUGAUGCUUUUUGGUGACUCUUGUUAGAAAUAGUACCUGCCGUGAUGAAAGCUUUGGAUAUAAGGGAUCUUUAUGAGUGAAAGAGCUUGUGGGAUGUGAUUUCAGCAUAUUUGACUGUAAAUGCAAACAGCAGUUUCAUGAUUUGCCAAUAUAUUCAGAUGGUUAAUUUCAUGAGUAGUAAAGUUGCUUAAUGUAAGCUUUGACUCGUCUUUCCUGCUCCUUCCAGUUAUUAAUUGAGCUUUGUCGCUGUCCUAGAAAACAAGUUACUCAAUCAAAGUUUACAGUGCUGUUUUAUACACCUCAAGCUACGUUAACAAAAAUAUAUAUAUGAUGGAGUAUUAGAGGCAUAAUUUAAGAGUAAACUCUUUGCAUUUCCCAUUACUUUGUAUUUUUUCAGUGUUAUUAUUAUACCUGUUUUGCUGUCUUUGUCUAUGAUGUCUUAGCUGUAGUUCUGAGCUGAGAAGGUCCUCUUGCGCUGGAGUAACGUGAGAGUGAGAGAGAUUCAUCCUUUCUUGGAGAAAUGAGAAGUGGGUUCAUUGUGUGACUAGAGGCCUGUGCAUGUGUUAAUGCUUUGUGUAAGUCCGGGCGAAGGACUAAAUAUUCAGUAUUAUCGAAUUAAAACACAACAUUUGAAAGAG